AUGGACACCGAUGAUCCGAUACUCAGGCGGAUGCCACGUGGCGCCCGGCCAUGGGCGGUCCUGGUUGGCGGCGUCUUUUGUAUGGUUACAUUCGGAAUCGUCUACACUUGUGGUUUGUUCGGGAGCACUUUGGUUAGAGUUGAAGUUGAAUGAUUGCAGGAAACCUUCUACCGUACUUGGUCUCCUACUUUCGAUGGAAAAUGUAUCCGGAUAUGCGAACGGGUCAAUUGAUUUGGUUGCAGACACUGUUGAGUGAGUCAUCAGGUUUUCGUGGAAUGUUUUGAAAGAAGAGUUUGAGGUGGGUUGCCAAUGGGAAUGGUGCUCGGAGGGCUUGUGGAGAGGAAGUUCGGGGGAAGAGCCGGAGCAUUGAUUGGCUCGGCCAUCUACACGUGAGGUCUCUUUCCUAUAAACAAACAAUAUCACUACGGUUUCAGGUUCGGAGUCGGCUCAACGUUCUACUCAAUUCAACACUCCUACGCAGCCACUUUGCUGACAAUGGGAGUGAUCGCGAGCACGGGCAGCAGCAUCGCCUACAGUUCCAUUCUGCCGACUGCUCAGAGGGUUCGUCUCCUUUUCUUAAACCUCUCAAUUUCCAUUUUCAGUGGUUCCCUGACAAUGUUGGUCUGGCCGGAGGUGUGAUAAUCGGCGGAUACGGCUGUGGAGCGUUCAUCCUUUCGCCACUUCAAACCACUUUUAUAAACCCACUCGACUACCGAGUCAACGAUCAGGGCUUCUUCACUCAAACGGACCUGCUCGAAAACGUUCCGUACGUCUUCAUCGUCAUGGCCGUAUUCUUUACAGUCUUCCAAUCAAUCGGACUGUUCUUCAUCGGUCAACCACACUCGGUUGGUUCAUUUUUAUAGCUGUUUUUUAGUGUUGUCUUUUAGGACAUCCAUGUGGAAACCGAGAACCUAAUAGGAACGAAUAGUGAGAUUCGAGUGGAACAGGCGAGAGUGUGGCCGCAGUUACGGUGAGUUCUAACAAUUGAUUCUCGAUGGAUGAAUAUUGUGGACUUCCAGCACUACCACCUUCUUGGUCCUCUUCCUUUCCCUUACGUGCAAUGCCGUCUGGGUCCAGUUGACAAGCGGUCUCUACAAAGCAUACGGCCAGCAGUUUAUCGAUUCUGACUUCUUCCUCAGUCUCAUCGGAUCUCUUUCUUCGGUUUUCAACGCCGGAAGCCGAGUGUUCUGGGGUGCUAUUGCGGAUUCUGUGAGUCCAUUUUGUUUGCUCAAGACUGUCUCUUUUAUAGACUUCUUACCAAUUCUCCAUGUCGAUCGUGUGCAGUCUGGGAGCAAUUCUCGCUUUUUCCAUGCCGUUUGUGAAGAUGGUCUCGAAUGACAUUCUGUAUUUGGGGACGGUAAUGAUACUUCUGAAAUACUGAAAAGAACAAAGAGUGUUCAGGUGUGUCUGAUAUUCUCGUGCAUUGGCGGAACCUUCUCGAUCUUCCCUUUCAUCACACACAAGUGCUUCAGCAAGGCCAACUUCAGUGUGAUGUACGGAUUCCUUCAGUGUGCAGUGGUCGGUCCUCCUCUUUUCUUCCCUUUCCAUACUUUUGUUUCAGAGCGUCGCCGGACUCAUCGCCGGCCUCAUUUCGACCCACGCACUUCCGGUCAUCGGCUUCGAGAACCUGUUUUUGGUGUGCGGACUCUUCAUGAUCGCCUCGCUUUGCUUGACGUUCAUCGUUCACAAAACCGACCUCGCACGGCUCCAAGUGGCUGCUCAGCAAGAGCAUCGGGAAGAGGACGCCGAGACGAUGCAGCACUGA